AUGAGUCUCUCUCAGAUCGCCAAGGACUGCAUCACGGCUGUCCUCAAAGCCAUCAAGAAACACAUUUCUGGGGAUGUCUUGAGCGAGCAGAGGAUCGGCGCGGUCUUCGAAUUGCAGCUGAGGGCCACCGUUACAUCCGAGGCGGAGGUCGCCCAAACACUGCUCUCCGCGAUGGUCAAGGCCGCCUGUGGGGCAGCGAAGGGCUCUACAAAACUGCCUAACGGAGAGCUAAUUGUGGACGGCGCAGCACCGCUUGCCCAGCACUCCUUCGCCGAGGCAGUUCGUGUGAACACAUUUCGCUUUCAGGACCUUCCAGCCGACAAUCACGCCCUGCGCCUCGUAGCCGAAGCCACAUACGCACGUCACCUCCAACGCUUCUCAGAGCUUGUGGUACAGGGCAUUCAUGACUUUCCGCCAUGCCUCCUGGGUGAGGCGCUCUCGCGCUUUGACGUGAGCGUUGGCGGCUAUGUGGUGCUGUCACUCUCGCUAAGAAAAGACAAUGGCAUCCAUCUACGCCUCUUCACUACAGCGAUUGAUGCUGUGAUGACGUGCAUGUGCAGCACCUCUUUCAGAGCUGAGGUGCUGCCACGAAAAUGGGAAAACCGUGACACGCUGCCGCCGCCUCAGCUCCUCGAGCUACUGGAGGAGGUGCAGAUGAACAUUUCCGAAUACUUUAAUGGCAGCGCACAGGACGAUCACGCCCGCUCGGUUGCAGUGUUUUUGAUGAGCUCCGUCGGCGCUGACAUCUGCGAGUACUUUGACACGAAGGCAACGGCUGUUGGCGGGCUGUUUCGUGGCGAGAAGAAGGUGCUCGAGGAGGCGCAUUUGUGCUGCGAUGAAUGGCUGAACGCGUGUGGGAAAAUGACCACGAUCGACUGGGUCCCUGUAUGGACCGAGCGGUACGAAGACACCGCCCUCGUGCGCGUCCGGGAUCGCCUGCGCGCAACCCUCGCGCUGCGCGGCAUGGUCGAAGAGAUUCGCGAGGUGCUAGGGGCUCAAGAGUUCCGCGCCCUGAGGACGGACGCACUAUGGGACGUUUUCGACGAUGUCGAGGUGAUGAAUCCCUCGAGCACGGCGCAGAGCCAGUGGAACGGCGCCCUCGCCGCCUUCUACUGCCGUCUCGAGCCGAUCGAGCAACGAUGCGCCAGCGUUCUGCGUGACUUGUUCGUUACUCGUGCCGGCCUUGCACCACAGGCUAUCGUACAAGAGUUCUCCGACUACUGUCAUCUCAUGAAGCGCCCUAUCAUCUCGAGGGAGCUCGUGACCGAGCGAGAGGGUCUUCUGGCUAAGCUGAACGAUCGACUGAACACAAUUCGACUAGAGUACGAGCGUCGGGCCGAGAGCACCGAGAAUGAGCUCGUGCUUCAGGAGGAGGACCGUCGCUGCCAAGCGGGCCGCUUUUUCCCGGGCGUUGCAAACAACAUAAUCUGGCUCCGUCAGCUACGUGAGCGUGUGGAGCAGAAGAUUUCGAUGUGCAACUCCAUUCUCGCCGACCUGCCCACGGCGAGCGCGUUUGUGGCGUCGGCGAGUCAGCUUCUCGACGAGCUGGGCGACUACGAGCAGGAAUGCUACAGAAACUGGGUGGCAGAUGUCGAGGACAAGCGUGAGGUGCUGACACUUGACGCAGAUGCGCCGUUGAUGGAGAUUGACGCGAGCGGCCAGGUGGAGGUAAACUACGCGGAGCGACUGGUUCAGCUCCUCAAGGAGGUGCGAGUGCUCGGCGCCCUCGGCUUCCACAUUCCCGGCACCGUUGCUCGACUGGCUCAGCAGGGGACGCAGUUCCUGCCCAUGGGCGUCGCCCUGAAGGAAGUCGCUAACACAUACAACUCCAUGGCGGCCGACAUCAUCCCGUGCACGCGCGCCAUGCUACUGGAGCCGGCCGUCGGCUUCGAGAAGGUGAUCACAGCCAGCGGCAAGAAGAAGCUUACGUGGCGCAGCAGAAAGGAGGCUGCGCGCUUCAUUGAACAGUUGCAGGCCGCGGCACAGUCCCUGACAGAGUUCAACCGCCGCCUGCACAAGACGCACAGCGAGAUUGAAGGAAUAGUGGUGGAGCUCUUCAGCCUCAGCCUACUCCGCUCCCGUGACCGCUGGCUCAGCAAGGUACGGCAGAUUCGAGAAAAGAUAGAGGCCGCUGGCUUCCUCAACACGGAGUCCUGGCGUCAGUUUUGGGACAUGCAGCUCUACAAGGCGAUGGAGGCCCAGUACCAGCUGGGGCUCGCCUCCCUCCACGAAGCUGUCGAGGAAAUCAAGGCCGACAUCGUCUACAACCCCGAAAGUGGUGAAGCGUCGUUACGCCCUCCCCUGGAGGUGCUCCGGCUGCAGUACUACCAGCGCAUCAACGACUUUAUCACGUUCCCGUGCCGCUUCCAAGGAUGCGCGAAGGAUAGCGCAUUCCAUGAGAUGCCAUCACGCAACGCGCACGGCAUCUACGUAGUGCUGCAGCUCGCCGCUCAGUUGUUCAAGCGCGUGACACACGAGCUGAGGCGCUUUUCGCCGUACCUUGUCAUUGGCCGCUGCGGCCGCGGUGGCAACCCGACCCUCGAGGAGAUCGCUGGGAAGUCCCUCACGGAGGUCCAGCAUUGGGAACAGAGUAUGCGACUGCUCAAGCAGAAAAGCAAGGAGAUCAGCAGCGAGGACCUUUUUGUCCGCUGCGGCUGCAUCACGCUGUGUACGGCGUCCAUCAAAGGCACUGUGGAGGAGCACCUUGUGCGUCUCACAGACGCCCUCAAGGUCACCCUGAAGCAGAGCGCCGAGCAGCACCUCCACUCUAUCAACGGCUACCUCGUCAAAGCCGCCAAGUGUCUGGACAGCAAGAUGACAAAGCUGGGCGAGAUUGGUGAGGCUAACCUGCUCUACGGCGAACUCAUGGAGCAGCGCCCUGCCAUUGAGGUCGAGUUCUACCACUUCUACAAUAAAAACGUGCUGCUGCAGAAUAUGACGGGCACGGCAGGUCUCGACUUCGCCAAGACAAAGGACCGCUGGACCUCUUUCAUGAAGCGUCUGGAUUCGCACGAGAAGGAGCUCGAGGACCAGCUGAGUCGCAUGCGGGAGAACGUCUCGGACUCGGUGAAAGAGUGGGAGAAGGACUCCAUCCGCUUCACGACUCACUGGCAUGAGCUGAAGCCGAAGGACCUGACGGCGCAGAAGCCACUGGUGUUCGUGAUGAAAACGAAGGAGAAGUUACAAGCACUCAAGGAGCGUGGAGAGGAGUGCAAGAAACAGUGUGAGUACUUUGGCCUUGACGAGCCGGACCUGCAGUCACUCGAGGACACAGAGACCGACAUCGAGGACUACGCCAAGAUGUGGGGCAUGCUAGGCGACUUCCAGCAGCAGGCGCAGGAGCUGUGCAAGGAGCUGUGGAUCAGUUUCCGCGCCAAGGUGUACCGUUUCGAGGACUUUGUGAAGCUGUGGCAGGGAAGGCUGAAAGAGAUUCCGCCCAACUCGGUGACGGUACACAUCCGCACGAUGCUGGACAACUGGACGCACUGCGUACCCCUGCUCACGUAUAUCCGAGGAGAGGGCUUUACCUCUGCUCACUGGACAGAGUUGUUCAAGCUGCUCAAACUUCGAAACGUCACGCAGGACACCGUGAACUUUGGCCAGAUCCUUGACCACUACGAGGACAUUCUCAAGAACGAGGGCCCCAUCAAGAAGCUGCACAGUCGCGCGCAAGGCGAGGCACAAAUCCGAGAAGCGCUCGACGACGUGCGGGCCUGGGGCACCGAUGCACGCUUUGUCCUCACAUCGCAUCCGGACCGCGCCGGUGUGGUGCUGAUCACUGACUGGAAAGAUACCAUGUCGGCGCUCAGCGACAACCGUGCGUUGAUGCUGAGCAUGAAAGAGUCACCGUACUUUGGCCUCUUUUCGAACGAUGCCACCAAGUGGGAGGACCGCUUAUCCACCCUCGACGAGUAUCUCCGUCAGAUGAACCAAAUCCAGCGCAAGUGGGUGUACCUGGAACCCAUCUUCCGCCGUGGCGCCCUGCCACACGAGAAGCAGCGCUUUGACCGCAUCGACUCGGCUUACCUGACAGUGAUGAAGGCGGUGGAGAGCGAUAACCGACUGAUGGCGCUUGCCGAGCACACAGAAUUUAAAGCCACGCUGCACGACGUCUCGGAGCAGCUGGAACGGUGUCAGAAGGCGCUGAAUGAGUACCUUGAGUCGAAGCGCGACGGCUUUCCGCGCUUCUACUUUAUCAGCGACGACGAUCUCCUCGAGAUCUUAGCACAGAGCAAGAACCCCAGCGUCAUUCAGUCGCACCUCAAGAAGCUCUUUAUGGGUAUUCACAGCGUUCAGCUCGACGCGCAGAAAGAGAACAUCUUACAGAUCCGGUCGGUUGAAGGGGAGGUCGUGACGCUGCGAAAACCGGUGCGGGUGACGGAGGAGGUGGAGACUUGGCUCUCUCAGCUGGAUGUGGAGGUGAAGGCGACGCUGAAGGUGCACGUGGCGGAAUGUGUGACCAAGGUUGACAUUGGCGCCUACGCAUCGCAGGUGCUCUGCACGGCGGAGAUGAUCACCUUCACGCGCAAAGUCGAGACAGCGAUCCGCGACACUAGCAGUGGUGGUGGUGCACUGCAGAAACUCAAGAGUCAGCUGCAGACCCGGCUGCGCGAGCUCACGGCGUACGCUGGUGGCAACGGCGAUGUGUUGGUCGGCAUCAAGCUGAAGGUACUCAUCAUGGACCUCAUCCACAACAUCGAGGUCGCGCAGUUGCUCAUCACGAACGGUGUUGAUAAGGAGUCUCACUGGCUGUGGAAGAAGCAGCUCCGCUUCUACCUAGACAGCACACAACAGUGUGUCCUACGCAUGGUAGACGCAGAGUUCCGGUACAGCUACGAGUACCAGGGUAACGCCCCGAAGCUGGUGCAUACUCCGUUGACAGACUGCUGCUUUCUCACUCUUACACAGGGCAUGCGGCUGGGCUACGGCGGCAACCCAUACGGCCCCGCGGGCACCGGCAAGACGGAGUCCGUAAAGGCGCUGGGUAACGCGAUGGGACGUCAGGUGCUCGUCUUCAACUGUGACGAGGGCAUCGACUUCAAGUCCAUGGGUCGUAUUUUCACAGGCCUCGUCAAGUGUGGAGCCUGGGGGUGCUUCGACGAGUUCAACCGCCUUAAGGUCGACCAAUUAUCUGCGAUCUCGCAGAUGAUCCAGGUCAUCCAGGAAGCCCUCAAGAACGGCGACAAAGUGUGCGAGCUGCUUGGCAGGAACAUCAACGUCGACCCCAACGCUGGCAUCUUCGUAACGCUGAAUCCUGCCGGCAAGGGCUACGGCGGCCGCAGCAAGCUGCCAGACAACCUGAAGCAGCUCUUCCGGUCUAUCUCCAUGAGCGCCCCGGACAACAAGCUCAUUACGGAGACGAUCCUCUACAGCGAGGGCUUCGAGAACGCCACGCAGCUGGCGACCAAGGUCGUUGAGACGUUCACGCUGUGCAGCGAGCUUCUGUCCCACCAGCAGCACUACGACUGGGGACUGCGGGCGAUGAAGUCGGUUCUGCGUCUUGGCGGCACGCUCGUCCACGACUUCUUGAUGGAGCGGGUGGCGGGCAAGGUGCAGCUGUCGGCGGAGCAGCUUCUGCAAAAAGAGAGUGAGAUCCUGAUCAAGUCGCUGCGAGUGAACACGCUGUCCAAGCUCACCUUUGACGACGCCGUACUCUUCAACAGCCUCCUCAGCGACAUCUUUCCUGGCGUGCCGGUGCUGGAGAUCCACUACGAAAAGCUGCGGCCAGCCAUCGAGGAGUCCAUCAAGGAGCUCAAGCUGCAGGUGGUGGAGACACAGAUCCAGAAGAUUCUGCAACUGUACGAGGCACUGCGGCAGCGCAUGGGUGUCGUGCUCGUCGGGCCAAGUGGGAGUGGCAAGAGCACCCUCGUAAAGGUGCUGCGUCAUGCGCUCCAGAGGCUUGGCAAGAUGGUUCCACUGUACAUCGUGAACCCCAAGGCCCUACCACGCGACCAACUGCUGGGACACAUGGACCCUGACACUCGCGAGUGGUUUGAUGGCGUCCUCACCGAUGCGGCGAAGAAAGUGGUCAAAGAGGAAACGUCCGUGCAGUCAUGGAUCUUCUGCGACGGCGACAUCGACCCGGAGUGGGUCGAGUCGCUGAACUCCGUACUGGACGACAACAAACUGCUGACAAUGCCGAACGGUGUGCGAGUGCAGUUUGGCGACAACGUGAACUUUCUCUUUGAGACGCACAGCCUCGAGUUUGCCUCGCCAGCCACAGUGUCGCGCAUGGGCAUCAUCUACCUCUCCGAGGCGGACGUGGACGCCGAGAUGACAGUUGCGUCAUGGCUGGCGGAGCAACCGGAGGAGUCGCAGGAGCAGUUGCGGCGGUGGAUCGACGCCUACUUCUACAAGGCGAUUGACUUGCUGCUCACCGCAGGCAAUCUUGUGGUGGGAACGACGCGGACCGGCCUCGUCAUGUCCGGCCUUGCGCAGAUGAAAAACUGCACGACAAAGAAGCGAUUUGCGCUGGCGCUGCUUUACGGCCUGGGCUCCUAUUUGCCAAGGGAGGCGCGGGGCGACUACGCGAAGGCGAUUCUUUGCCUCGUCGAGGAGCGGGCCCCGGAUGCGAAGAACCCGUUGGACUUCCGGUAUGAUGAGGAGCGGCAGGACUAUGUCUCGCUGGAGUUCGUGCCGACGGUGGACCUCACCAUCGACGACCUGUAUCGCCACCCGAUGGUAGCGACAGUGGACUGCCAGCGCGCGCUGGAGGUGAUGCGGGGGUGGACGAAGCCAACGAGGCCGGGCGUGUACCGUCCUUUUAUCCUGGUCGGCCCUGAAGGGUGUGGCAAGACGAUGCUGCUGAACAACCUCUUCAUGAACACGCCCAGCACGCGCGUCGCAAGCCUUAACUGCUCGGCCCAUACUGAGGCGAUACACGUCAUUCAGAAGCUGAAGCAGACGUGCUCCCUCUUCACCUCCAACCAAGGCAAGGUGCUCAGACCCAAGGAGGCGGAGCGGCUUAUUCUCCUCCUGAAGGACCUCAACCUGCCAAAGCCAGACCGCUACGGCACCGUCCAACUGCACUCCUUCCUCCAGCAGCUUAUCCUGUACAACGGCUUCUACGACACGGAGCUCGAGUGGGUCAUGGUAGAGCGGGUGCAAAUUGUGGGAAGCAUGACCCCUCUCGACAGCAUGGGCCGCCACCCCGUCGCCCCACGCUUCUUAGCCAUCACAUCCGUCUUGAGCAUCUCGUACCCUUCUAAGGAAGCGCUGCAGCAGGUGUACUCGGUGUUCCUCAAUGUCAUGCUUCAGAGUGGAAAGCUGAGGCUAAAUAUGCCGAACAAGGGGGCUGCCGACUUGGCCCGCGGCGUCAUCACCAUCUACGAGACCGUCGUCGCGCGCUACACGGCAGACGUGGCGUCGCACUACGUCUUCAACCCACGCGACCUCACCCAGUGGAUGCUGAACUUGCUGAAUUACAACACCUCCAACAUGGGUGACGUCCUCGCAUACGAGGCGCGGCGUAUCUUUGCCGACCGCCUGGUGACUGCCGAAGAGCGUAUGCGCCUUACCAAGGUCAUCCGCGAGAACGUGACGCUGCUCGUCGGCCACCGAGACGCGCCGUCAGAGAAAGAAAGUGUAUACUACGUGUCUUGGCUAGACACUGCGCCUGCCGGGAAGAAGCGCCUGGCGGGUACUACUCUGGAGGAAGUGAAGAAGUCUGCGGAAACGUUCGCCCUGAACUACUCUCGCGAGAACGCCGCCCUCAAUGUAGAGCUUAUCCCGGACGUGUGCGCGUGGAUCACCCGCGUCGACCGCGUACUGUCGCAGGAGCGCGGGAACCUGAUGCUGGUGGCACGCUCCGGGGUGUGCGCGUCUCAGAUCGUACGUCUGGUCGCCUACAACAAUCGGACAGAGGUGGUCACGCUCGGCAUCACGCGCGAGUAUGGAGUCAGAGAAUUCAUUACAGAGCUGAAGAGUGUCAUGACGAAGACGGGGGUGGAGGGGCAGAGCGUUGUGUUGCUGCUCGAAGACUUCAACUUCUUCCACCCUUACUUCCUUGAGACGGUCAACUCGUUGCUGUCGUCCGGCGAGGUUGCUGGGCUCUUCACCCAGGAGGAGCAGGAUGCACUUCUCAACCCCCUCAAGGACGAUGCAGCGGGGGAAGGCAUGAGCACCUACGCCUUCUUUGUUGACCGCAUUGCCCGCUAUCUGCACGUAGUCGUUGUCAUGGACCCGACAAACCGCAACUACGAGCUGCAGUGCCGCGCCAACCCCGCCCUCUUCACUCGCUGUAACGUGUACUGGAUGGGGACGUGGGACAGUAACGCUCUCAAGGUGGUCCCGCGCAUUAUGAUCUCGGACACCUUUAAGGUGCUUGAUCAGCGCGAGGACAAAAAAGAGUUCAGCCUCACAACCGAACUUGUGCACCUGCACCGCUCCUUUGGAGAAAAGUUCUCCCCUCAGCACUUUAAGGUGCUCUGCGAGACCUUUGAGCAUCUAUUUCAGGCGAAGAGCCGCGAGGUCGCCAACGGGCUAGCUCGGCUGACGAGCGGCGUGACGAAGCUCGACGAGGCGCAGGAGAACGUUGACAAGAUCGCCACGGAUGUGACUGAGAAGAAGGCGCUGUUAGAAGUAAAGCAGCAAGAGGCCGACGACGCACUAAAGGAGAUCCAGAAGCGCAUGGAGGAGGCUGGCAACCAGAAACGCAGUAUCCACAAGAUCCAAAAAGAGCUCGACAAAGAGCAGUCGGCCAUUCAGGAGCGCAAGGUCGUCAUCGAGGGUCGGCUGAGCGGCAUUCAACCGGUGCUGGAUGCCGCUCUAUCAGCUGUCAGUGCCAUUCGCUCCGACCACUUGACGGAGCUGCGCUCAAUGGGCAAGCCGCCAGCAGCGGUGCAGUGUGUCAUGCAAGGCGUCGUGCUGCUGAUUGAAGCGGGGAAAAGCUCCGAAGCGGCUAUGUGGCCUGCCAUCCGCAAGGUGCUGGCUGGCGACAUCAAAGGUCACAUUCUCAACUUUGACAUCAACGAUGUCGAUGCCGCUUCCCGGGCGCAGGUGGAGAAAUUCAUUGCCGCCAACGCCGAGUGCUUCAAGCGCGAAACCAUCGCCCGCGCUUCCAAGGCUGCAGCCCCGAUGGCAGAGUGGCUCAAGGCGGUGGUAGAGUACAGCAAGGUGCUAGAAACGGUGGCCCCGAUGCGGGUCGAGCUGAAAGAGUACGAGACGAACCUCCAACAGGGUCAGGAAGAAAAGACCAAAUACGAAGGCAAACUAAAAAGGGUGGAGAGGAAGGUGGAGGAGCUCAAGGAUAAGUUCGGCGAAAAGACGACUGAGGCAGAGCGGCUCAAGGACCAGCUGGAGGAGGCGGAGCAGCUGCUUGUGAACGCCAAGGAGUUGCUGUCGAAACUCAGGGAUGAGCACACGCGCUGGACAGCGCAAAUGAAAACCAUCAAGCAGGACUCCUACCUCUUGCCAAAGCGGUGCCUACUGGCCGCUGGUGUUAUCACGUACCUCGGCGAGGACGCAGAGGACACGCGCCGGGCCACCCUGGCGGAGUGGAAGGAGCGGGUGAAGUUGCCCGACUUCAACUUCUUCACAUUUUUACGCGAUGAGAGCGUUCAGCUGCACUACAAAGCCGAGGGCCUGCCGGACGACGAGCUCUCCAUGGAUAACGCCGUCAUGAUUCACGAGCAAGUGAGCACGCCGCUCAUCAUGGACCCCUCCGGUCAGGCAGCUGGCUGGCUGCAAGCGAACCUGAAGAAGCAGAAGGCGGUGGUGGAUGUCUGCAGCAUCUCCGAGGCCCGUCUGGUCUCCGCCCUCGAGUUGGCGCUGCGGUUUGGCAAGAAGUUUAUCAUGUUGGAUGUGGACCAGGUGGCACCUUUUCUGUACCCUAUUCUCCGCAGGGAAUUUCACAACGAGGGCACGAAGCGCGUCAUUCAGAUUGGCGACCGCCGCACCGUGGACUACGCGGAUGGCUUUCAGCUAUUCCUCGUCACGCGAAGCACGGACCUGCAUGUGGCGCCGGACAUCAUUAGCUACCUCACGCCCAUCAGCUUCACCAUCACACAGAGCGGCCUGGAGGGGCAGUUUCUCGGCAUUACAAUCCAGCACGAGCAGCCGCAGCUAGAGAAGGAGAAGCUCGAAGUGCUCAAAAAAGAGGAGGGUCUCAAGAUGCAGCUGGCGGAGCUAGAGGAGCAGCUAUUGGCGAACCUCGCCAACUCUGAGGGGUCGCUGCUGGAGAACAAGACGCUCAUCGAGUCGCUGAAUCAGAUCAAAUCGCAGGCGAGCGACAUCACUGCGGCGUUAGAGCAGUCGAAGGUGGUGCAGGAGGACCUCGAUGCGAAGCGGAAUGUCUACCGCCCCUUCGCCACCACCGCCAGUUCCGUCUUCUUCCUGACUAAGAGUCUACAGACACUUUCGCACAUGUAUCAGUUCUCCUUCCACCUCUUUCUCGACCUUUUCCAGCGGGCGCUGAAGCGGCACAAGGACCUGCGCACGGACCCGGAGACAAAGAUUGCGGCGCUGCAGGAGACGUUCAUCCAGAUCACUGUCUCCGCCAUUGCGCAGGCGCUCUUCAAAGAGCACCGCGUAGUGUACGGCAUUCACCUGUGCCGCAGCAUUCACCCCUCCGAGGGCACCGCAGCGGAGUGGGACUUCUUCAUGGGCAAGGCGGUUGCCACAGAGGAGAAGCGGAAGGAGGUGCGCGUACCCACCUUUGUCUUGCCGGACAGCGUGCAGACCUUCCGCACCUUUGCGGCGCUGUUCCCCGACCUAGCCUCGAAGGCGCGCUUUCAAGAGGCAGACGUAUGGCUGCAGUGGAUGCGCGCCGCGACCCCGGAGUCGGACUACCCUGGCUUUCUCAAGUCCCUCACGCACUUCCAGCGACUGCUACUUAUGAAGACGCUUCGCGGCGAUCGCCUCGUCGCCGCCAUGAACGCAGUGGCGUGUACGCUGCUGAAGGUGGACUCCCUUGGCGAAAACCGCACCCUUGUCUCUGCCGUGGAGCAGUCCGACGCGAACCGCCCUAUCCUAGUGAUCACCUCCACUGGUGCCGACCCCUCCCAGGAGUUGCAGAGCAUUGCCUAUGACAAGAUCGGCAGAGCGCGGUUCCACCAGCUUGCCAUGGGGAGCGGACAGACGAACGAGGCGAUGCGGCUGCUGCGUGAGUCUGCCGUGAAGGGCGAUUGGCUCUUCCUGAAGAAUCUGCACCUCGUCAUUCCAUGGGCGUCGCAGCUGCAGAAGGAGCUGAUGGUGCUCAAGCCAGACGCGUCCUUCCGGCUCUUCCUCACGAGCGAGGCCCAUGACGCGUUCCCGUCCAUCCUGCUGGGCCAGUCGCUGAAGAUCACCUUUGAGCCACCACCAGGGAUCAAGCAAAAUCUGCUGCGCACCUACAGUGGCUGGGAUGCCGCGUUUGUGAACGAGAAGAACGAAAGACAGCGGCAACUCCUCUUUGCAGCGGCGGCACUGCAGGCAAUUGUGCAGGAACGCCGCUCCUACGUACCGCAAGGCUGGACGAAGGACUACGAAGUCACGGCGGCAGACCUCAAGUCUUCGAUCGACAUUGUACUGCGUCAAUCAGCACACGGCGAAGUUGACUGGCACUCCAUUCGUGGCAUCCUCAACGACGCGAUCUACGGCGGCAAGAUGGAGACACCCUUCGACAAACGUAUCAUGGCAACCUACGUUGACAAGAUGUUCCGCGUCAACUGUAUGGCGGGUACGAAGCUGCAGGAACCAGUGUUUCACCACACCCGCAUUCCGAGCGGCGAUUACCAUGAGUUCCUGAAAAUUAUCAGGAAACUCCCAGACAGCGACAUUCCUGUUCUCUUCUCGCUUCCACCCAAUGCCGACCGGGUGGUGCAGCUGUCUCGCGUGCGUGCCCUCACCAGCGAUUUGCAGCGCAUCAAUGAGUCGUACAGUGAGGCGGCUGUGGAUCGUGAGGCUUGGGCCGCGCGCCUGACACCAAUCCUCGAUACCUGGACCGCACUGACAGCUCCACACGCCGACAUACUCGUUCCGCCGUCGUCAGCCCCGCCAAGCCCGUCGGCUCACUAUACCGCUGCUGCCGCGGCGCCAAGCCCGCUGGAUCGCUUCCUCGCAGCGGAGCUUCUGACGGCGCGGCGCCUGGUAAGCCAAGUCAACAUAGCUGUGAGCGAUCUUCGCAAGGCGAUUGACGGUGUUGCGCUGCUGACGGAGAACUGUCGUAGGGAGGCGGCCGCGAUGAUCCUCGGCGACGUACCUGCCAACUGGGAAGGGCACUUCCCCAGUGCGGGUGGCAUUGCCACAUGGAUGCAAGCGCUGGUUCGCAAGGCCGUCGCCAUCGGCGAGUGGCAGAAGAUGAUGGUGCACGGCACCUUCACAAGGGCCACGCUUGACCUCUCCAAAUUUCUGCGGGCGAAGACCUUCUUGAACGCGCUGCGGCAGGAGACGGCACACGCCAUCAACCAGCCCCUAGUGUCUCUGGCGCUGGUGGCAACCACAUCUACGCCCCCAACCAACGCGUCGUUAGUGAUGGCCCUCGAGGGCCUCAUGCUGCAGGGCGCUGUGCUGGACGACGCCGAUCUGCUAGAGCCCAUUGCCACCGCUGAUGAGCCGGCGUUCUUUCCCAUCAAGAAGGCCUUCGCCGCGUGGACGGGGUCGCCGCCGGUGCUCAAGGCCUCGGUGCGAGUGCCUGUCUACGCGAAUAGCACGAAGGAAGACCAUGUCUGCGACUUUGUGCUCCCGUGCGCCGACGAAGUGGCCGCGCAGAACUUUGUGCUCUCUGGUGUGUCGAUUGUGCUCGAGCAGUAG